CCGCCCGCGUGGCCCCAGCGCGGCUGGGAGCCGAGGACCAGCCCCCUACCUCCUUCCGAAUCCUGCCCUUUCGCACACCCCACCCCAAGCCAACCCGAGGAGUGUUUGCCGCUAUGAGAUCACCUGCUCCCCCAGCCCAUCAACAAAAUUAAAUAACACCACGGGAGAGGAGAGAGGGAGGGGGAGGAGGGAGGAAGGGACAAGAGAGAAGAGAGACUGAAACAGGGAGAAGAGGCAGGAGAGGAGGAGGUGGGGAGAGCACGAAGCUGGAGGCCGACACAGAGGGAGGGCGGGAGGAGGUGAAGAAGGAGAGAGGGGAGAAGAGGCAGGAGCUGGAAAGGAGAGAGGGAGGAGGAGGAGAUGCGGGAUGGAGACCUGGAGUUAGGUGGCUUGGGAGAGCUUAAUGAAAAGAGAACGGAGAGGAGGUGUGGGUUAGGAACCAAGAGGUAGCCCUGGGGGCAGCAGAAGGCUGAGAGGAGUAGGAAGAUCAGGAGCUAGAGGGAGACUGGAGGGUUCCGGGAAAAGAGCAGAGGAAAGAGGAAAGACACAGAGAGACGGGAGAGAGAAGAAGAGUGGGUUUGAAGGGGGGAUCUCAGUCCCUGGCUGCUUUGGCAUUUGGGGAACUGGGACUCCCUGUGGGGAGGAGAGGAAAGCUGGAAGUCCUGGAGGGACAGGGUCCCAGAAGGAGGGGACAGAGGAGCUGAGAGAGGGGGGCAGGGCGUUGGGCAGGGGUCCCUCGGAGGCCUCCUGGGGAUGGGGGCUGCAGCUCGUCUGAGCGCCCCUCGAGCGCUGGUACUCUGGGCUGCACUGGGGGCAGCAGCUCACAUCGGACCAGCACCUGACCCCGAGGACUGGUGGAGCUACAAGGAUAAUCUCCAGGGAAACUUCGUGCCAGGUGCCGCCAAGGCGGGGACCCAGGAGUCCGGCCCUCCCGGCGCCUCCUUCUUCAGACUCAGGAACCUGGGUUCCCAGCUCCCUCCUCCCCCCAGGACCAGGAGUCCCAGCCCCCUCCUCUGUCCCUCAGGAGUCGGGCCAGCUUCUGAACCCCAGGGGCUCACCAUGGGACAUUAUACAUGCGCAUUUCAAGUACUCCGGGGAACCUUGUACAACACCGGCCGACAUGUCUCCUUCCUGCCUGCACCCCGACCUGUGGUCAAUGUGUCUGGAGGUCCCCUCCUUUAUAGCCACCGACUCAGUGAACUGCGGCUGCUGUUUGGAGCUCGCGACGGAGCCGGCUCGGAACAUCAGAUCAACCACCAGGGCUUCUCUGCUGAGGUGCAGCUCAUUCACUUCAACCAGGAACUCUACGGGAAUUUCAGCGCUGCCUCCCGCGGCCCCAAUGGCCUGGCCAUUCUCAGCCUCUUUGUCAACGUUGCCAGUACCUCUAACCCAUUCCUCAGUCGCCUCCUUAACCGCGACACCAUCACUCGCAUCUCCUACAAGAAUGAUGCCUACUUUCUUCAAGACCUGAGCCUGGAGCUCCUGUUCCCUGAAUCCUUCGGCUUCAUCACCUAUCAGGGCUCUCUCAGCACCCCGCCCUGCUCCGAGACUGUCACCUGGAUCCUCAUUGACCGGGCCCUCAAUAUCACCUCCCUUCAGAUGCACUCCCUGAGACUCCUGAGCCAGAAUCCUCCAUCUCAGAUCUUCCAGAGCCUCAGCGGUAACAGCCGGCCCCUGCAGCCCUUGGCCCACAGGGCACUGAGGGGCAACAGGGACCCCCGGCACCCCGAGAGGCGCUGCCGAGGCCCCAACUACCGCCUGCAUGUGGAUGGUGUCCCCCAUGGUCGCUGAGACUCCCCUUCGAGGAUUGCACCCGCCCGUCCUAAGCCUCCCCACAAGGCGAGGGGAGUUACCCCUAAAACAAAGCUAUUAAAGGGACAGAAUACUUCCUGUU